AUGGCGAAUGUUGAAAUCAAUGCGAACAAUUAUGACUCACAAAUUUGUUUAUGUCUUAAGUGCCACAGUUCUUCAGUUCGUUAUAUAGUGAACGUGGCCAAUCUGGAGUCAUUAUUUAUUGUUGCCUAUCGUAUUCGGCAGCAGUAUGCCUCUAAAAAUAAAUCUCCGCCAACAGAGGACCAGAUUGCAAUCAAAAGAGCCAAUGCUGCAGCGACGGAAAAAAAGUCCUGUGCAAAUGAAAACCCAGAUCAAACGGCAGCCAGGAGAGCUUCCAAUGCUGAGAAUAUGCAAAUAUUUAGGGACUCUCAAACUCCUGAACAAGCUGCAUCCAGGAGAGCAUCAAAUGCUCUUACCAAGAGGAGAGCAAGAGCAUUAGAAACACCUGAACAAGCUGAAUCUAGGAGAGCUUCCAAUGUAGCCAACAUGAGAAGAGUAAGGGAUUCAGAAUCACUAGAGUAA